UACAUAUGGCAACUUCUCAUCCUUUCCAAGCUUCUCUGUGUCCAACGCUCCGGGCUCGUAUGAAUACUAGAAUCAUCAUCGCCAUCAGCACCCCGUUUUCUAUCACCGCUUCCAUUUCCAAUUUUAUGCUCAAAAAGCAGCUUUCCUCCUCUGCUCCCCAUUUUCUCUCCCACAACACUCGUUCUACUUCUAGUAGUUCUAUCAAAUCAGCCAAACUACUCUCCCACACAUAUAGGACCCUUAAUCCCAAAUUUUCUUCCCCUUCUCGGCCUUUACCACGUCGCUUACACUCUUUCAGAAUUUUGGCUAUGGCAGAGCAGUCCUCCCGGACAACGUCGACGUCGCAGCAGCAAUCCCACAGACACGCCAAUCGUCUUGCUGCUGAACACAGCCCUUACCUUCUUCAACACGCCCAUAACCCGGUUGAUUGGUAUCCAUGGGGUGAAGAGGCAUUUUCUGAAGCUCGAAAGAGGGACGUGCCCAUCUUCUUAUCAAUCGGGUACAGCACUUGCCACUGGUGUCAUGUGAUGGAGGUUGAAUCCUUUGAGGACGAGGGGGUUGCAGAACUGCUGAAUGAUUGGUUUGUCAGUAUAAAGGUUGAUCGAGAAGAGCGUCCAGAUGUUGACAAGGUAUACAUGACAUACGUCCAGGCUUUACACGGGGGUGGUGGUUGGCCGCUGUCUGUCUUUCUUUCUCCUGAUCUGAAGCCUUUGAUGGGUGGGACUUACUUCCCUCCUGAAGAUAAAUAUGGAAGACCAGGAUUCAAAACCAUACUAAGAAAGGUUAAAGAAGCUUGGGACAAGAAAAAGGACAUGCUUGUCAGCAGUGGAGCAUUUGCAAUGGAACAACUUGCUGAAGCAUUGACAGCCACUGCAGGGUCAAAUAAACUACCAGAUGGGCUUCCUCAGACGGCAUUGAACCUAUGUGCUGAACAGUUAGCUGAGAGUUACGAUUCAAAGUAUGGAGGUUUUGGUUCUGCUCCAAAAUUUCCCAGGCCUGUUGAGAUUCAAUUAAUGCUUUAUUACUCAAAAAAGUUGAUGGAGUCUCAAAAACCAAAUGAAGCAAAGAAAGUUCUAGAAAUGUCAGUCUUCACUUUGCAGUGCAUGGCAAAGGGAGGCAUCCAUGACCAUAUUGGAGGAGGUUUUCAUAGAUACAGUGUGGAUGAAUGUUGGCAUGUUCCACAUUUUGAGAAAAUGUUGUAUGACCAAGGGCAGCUUGCCAAUGCUUUCCUGAACGUCUUUUCCAUUACAAAAGAUAUGUUCUAUUCAAGUGUUUGCCGAGAUAUCCUUGAUUACUUGAGGAGAGACAUGACUGGUCCUAAUGGUGAGAUCUUUUCAGCAGAGGAUGCAGACAGUGCGGAAUUCGAGGGUGCUUCAAGGAAAAAGGAGGGUGCUUUCUACAUCUGGACCAGUGAAGAGGUUGACAAAGUAGUGGGUGAGCACGCAACUGUUUUCAAGGAUCAUUACUACAUAAAACCUUCAGGCAAUUGUGACUUGUCAAGGAUGAGUGAUCCUCACAAUGAAUUUAAUGGUAAAAAUGUGUUAAUAGAGAGAAACAGUACAUCUGCCAUGGCCUCAAAAUAUGGUAUGCCUGUGGAGAAGUACCUUGAUAUACUAGGUACUUGUCGUCAGAAGCUCUUUGAUGUGCGAUCAAAACGCCCUCGGCCACAUCUGGAUGAUAAGGUAAUUGUUUCCUGGAAUGGGCUUGCAAUUUCAUCUUUUGCCCGAGCAUCCAAAAUUCUGAAGUGCGAGUCUCAAGGAGGGAGGUUUCACUUUCCUGUUGUGGGAACUGAUCCUAAAGAAUACAUCGAAGUUGCAGAAAAGGCAGCAUCUUUCAUUAGGAAACAUCUUUAUGACCCGCACAAGCGAAGGCUGCAGCAUAGCUUCAGGAAUGGUCCAGCUAAAGCCCCUGGGUUUUUAGAUGAUUAUGCCUUUCUCAUAUCAGGCUUGUUGGAUCUUUAUGAAUUUGGAGGCUCAAUCUUUUGGCUGGUCUGGGCAAUGGAACUUCAAGAUACCCAGGAUGAGGUUUUUCUUGAUAAAGAUGGUGGAGGUUACUUCAACACUCCAGGGGAAGAUCCUUCAAUUCUUUUGCGGGUUAAAGAAGAUCAUGAUGGGGCGGAACCUUCAGGGAAUUCUGUUUCAGCAAUUAAUCUCAUAAGAUUGGCUUCCAUAGUUUCUGGGAGUAGGUCUGACAACUACAGGCGAAAUGCCGAACGGCUUCUGGCGGUCUUUGAGAAGAGACUGAAAGAUGCCGCGGUUGCUGUGCCUCUACUGUGCUGUGCAGCAGAUAUGGUCUCUGUUCCUUCCAGGAAGCAAGUUGUAGUGGUUGCAAACAAGGCUUCUGGAGAGUUUGAUAGCAUGUUGGCUGCUGCUCAUGCUUCAUAUAGUCCCAAUGAAACAGUAAUUCACAUAGACCCAACCGAUGAAGAAGAGAUUGGAUUUUGGGAGGAUACCAAUUCGAAUAUUGCUCUGAUGGCUAAAAACAAUUUCUCUUCCGACAAGGUUGUUGCUCUCGUAUGCCAGAACUUCACAUGCAGUCCUCCAGUUAGCGACCCCAAAUCUCUCGAGUCUCUGCUCUCGCAGUAGUCCUGUCCUUUAUGUAAAGAAUGGUAGUAGGAUAUUAACUGGAAAAUAUUUGGGUUUUGUCUGAGAUUUUUGGUUAUUUUCACUCACUCUAGAACCACUGAGUUCUUGUUUUGUAUCUUUUACCCUGUUUUGAGUAUUUGUAUCAAGUUGGUAUAUGCAAUUUAUUAGUGUCUUUCAUGUG